UCAGCCUGGUUUUUUUUGUUUUGUUGGGUUUUUUUGACACGUUUAUUUAAUGUUGCUCAUACCAUGGUUACAGAGUAGAAGACGAAUUAAGUUUUACAGUAGUUUGCCUUAGAAAUGUUUUUGGCAAUGAUAUACACACGGACAUAACAGAUAAACACUGACAGGCAGGAGAUAAUAUAAUGCAUCAAAAUCCAAAUUCUAGUCGGUACAGGUGAUGUAUCCAGAAAGAAUUCGAUUUUUGAACUUUAGAGAAAAUGUUAAUAAAGUGGGCGCUGCUUUUAAUUAUAGUUUUAUUUAGGCUAUUCAUGGAGGUAGGCCUCCAUGGGCUAUUCCAGUAUUGAACACCGCAUUGUGCAAGCUACAUGUAUUUUUGUGUAAUGAAGUUCUGUUGGUACAUGUAUAUCAACAUAUAAUUUCUUUUGAGAGGUACAAUGUACUUCUGGUAUGAUAUGACUGACAUGACUAUGUGAACAUUUGAGGUAAAUUUAAAGUAUGAUUUAAAAUACAGUGGCAGCUCAUCAUUCAUACAGCAUGUGUCUUCCUCCACGUUAUGCGCUUACCCCCGGCCUGCACCCUGGGUCCAUCCCUGGGUACACGUAGGGACUGCGGCGGAUGACGGACCCACAGUUCUCUGGGGUAAAGGAUUUUCCUGAGGCAUUUAGUUAAUAGCCGUAGCCUCUUCCCCCUUCCGCCAUGAAGUACUGGAAGGAAGCUUCGACUGUUAUCCUUGCUGCUAGAUUCAGGCAUCAAGGACCAGUCACUCACCCUGCAUCAUCAGCAGCCAGUAGAAUGCCUGCCCAACAGCAGGACAUCACUACCACUGGUUCCCUGAGUAAGUAUUUUGAUUACAAGGUGUUGAUGCUUCAGAGAACCCACCGGAGCUCAUUUUUUGCUGGUGCUCAGGUCUUCCCUGGUGGUGGCAUCGAUGAAGCUGAUUUCUCACCCAGGUGGAUGGAGCUGUUUGCUGAAGUUGGUAUCCGCACGCCUCAGGACUUUGGACCAAUGGCGAGCAUACGGCAUGACAGACCACCGAUGAUAGUGGAGAACAGAGAUUUCCCUGUGCCCAGCGACAUAGCUUUUCGGAUUUGCGCUAUCCGCGAGACAUUUGAGGAAUCAGGGAUUCUGCUAGUCAAACAUAUGAGCCACUGCCGGGCAGCCACUGAGAGCACACCCAUCUUGCAGUACCACCGCAAGUUGACAGACACCUCCGAUGUAAGCGUUGAGACCCGGAAAGAAUGGAGGCACCGAGUCCACCAGAAUGCAGAAGAUUUUUUGGAGAUGUGCCGAGAAAUGAAAACUCUCCCAGAUAUAUGGUCAUUAGCCGAGUGGUCCAACUGGUUGACACCGUCUGACGCAAGGAAGCGGCGCUAUGAUACAAUGUUCUAUUUGUGUUGUAUGGACGCGCAACCUUCAGCUCGUCAAGAUGGGAGAGAAACCAUUCAAUCAGAGUGGGUCGAUCCAAGCCAGUCUCUUGCCCAGUUUUCGGAGGGGGAGUUCUUUCUCCCCCCUCCCCAGGUGUACGAGUUCCAGCGUCUCUGUCACUUUCCUGAACUCUCUGCGUUAUUCAACUUCAGUCAGAAGAGGGCGCUGUUGGGAUGCCAGCGUUAUCUUCCAGUGAGGUUGAACUGUUCAGAUGGUGUGCUUUCAGUAUUGCCAGGGGAUUACUUGUUUCCAGAGCAGCCGAUGUUGGAAACCAUAGUGGAUGAGAGUGUUCCCACGCUGGAGGGCACCAUUGAGGAGAACACAGACACCAGCAAGCCAAUUCAUCGGCAACAGUUUGCAAUGGGUACAAUGCCCAUGUGCUCGUCACUCAGUAAUUUCUCACUGCCACAUGGCCACUGCACACCACUACCAUACAACCAAUGCGUAGAUUUUCACAACCCAAAUGCCAAAUUAUAACUGCAAUAAACAUUCUUUUGCCGAGGACUUUUUCAUUUGUAAAUGUACACCUUUUCACAUGAAUAUUUAGAUAUACGUGUAAGAUAUAAGGAAUGACAUUAACUGAUACAUAAUAAUCUUUGUGAUUGUUUUAUGUACUGCCAAUACAUCUGUAUGUGGUUAAAAUGGGUGUUGAUUUCACAAAUGAAAAAUACAUGCACAGGUGCGUACAUGUACUCAGUACAUGUAUCAGAUCUGAAUGCUGUUAAGGAAAGCUACAUGUACAUUACACCCACAUGCACAGCCGACACAAGAAUAGUCUACAUUCAUGUACAUGUACUUGUGUGUCUCUGCUAUCUAAAGUCUUUUAGAUAAGAUUUGAAGCUUAGCACGGUGGAGAAUAGACUAUGGAGAGGGCUUGUGGUUACACCAUGUGUGGAUCUGUUUUAGAAGAGGUGUGGGUCUGAUACAUGUAAGAAACAGUGAGUGUGUACUCAGCGUUUUGACCAGUGGUCCAAAGGAGAGUAAAGUCUCUUAUUUGAUAAUGAAAUUCAUUGACGGAAGUCCUGAUGUGCAAGUCAUACAUUUAGGUUUGAAACUUGAAAAGUUGCACUCCUGGAUUCUUCUUAGCACUACAUCUUCAUGUGUGAGCGUGCAUACAUGUAUCUGUCCACAGGUCGGACAGCCUCUGAUUUCUAGAAACUAGAUGUUGAAUUCCUUGUGCAACUCAGGAUAAUCUGGUACUUUCAAGCUUGUCGGAAGCCAGCGAAAUUGUACAUGCAUUUUGAAACCUGCAUGUACAUGCAUGCUGAGGCAUUUGGGAAGAAGGGUUUAGACUUGCAAUUCUUCCCACCUUUGAGAAAGUUUUUAGGCAUAACAUGGCUUGGGGUGCGUGUGAUUGCAGGACUGUUCAUUGUCUUCCGGGUAUGUUUCAUUGAUAAAUCGUCAGCAAAUUACAUUGUGUUUAUAGCUACAAAUCACAUUCUGUGUUUUGGUCGUAUUGUAAUGCUUAUUAUCAAAAUAAUUUCAAAAAAGGAUCAACAUUCAAAUUUUUAUGCGUGCUUUUUUGUUUAUGUCAGUAGUGAGUUUUAAUUAGUUGAUCUCUUGUUUCUCUGCACUAAAGUUGCUGUUUUGAUUACAUGUAUAUGCCAAAAUUAUUUCUAAAAAUUCAACAAAUGGAAACUCAGUUGAACUUGCAAACUGCUUAUCAUGAUAAGAGUCACCUGAAAUAUAAUAUUCAAUAGACUUUAUACAGAAUGGAUGUAUCGAUUAUCUUGCCAUGUGGAAUCUUAUUCAAGGCAAAGAAAUCCCAACAUGGAGAUAACGGUACCCAGUUGACUAAUAAAAGUCUAAGCAGUGUCAUUA